CAUGUACAUUUUCUCAAGCACCACUCAAGCUGCCUGUCCACAGGGCAGACGACCUCUCCUUUAGUCUUUCCCUUGAAUAUGCUUUUCAAUUUCAUUAAUCUCUAUUCAUGAGUAUAACAAUAUUGGAAAAACUGGACAGAGUAUCACUUGUUCCUGGCUUUGCAGACUAGAAAUGCUUCUAGUCCCUGUUGGCACACUCAGGAUGGGGGCUAUGGGAAGCCCAAGAAUUCAGCCUCUCUCUCUAAAUGUCAACUGUUUUCAAGUAACCACAGGUCAGGGAUCCCAUCUGUUCAUUCUCCCUCCACAGUGGCCCACAAUAUCCAUCAGGUGUUUAUGUAUCCAAAGAAGAGGCUACUCACUCCAUCUGGUAAACCAACAUACUCAUGAUUUAGUGGAAAGAGCCCUGGAGUAGCACAGAGGGCUGCCUCAAUACACACUUACUGAGCGUCUAACAAUGAAUGGGUCAAGCCCUUCGUAGGCACUGGCAAUGGGAAGAUGACCAAUACAGACGGCUGAACCUUGCUUUCAAGGCCUUCAUAAAGCACUGGAGAUGACAAACACGGUCCGAUACAAAGGGUCGGGUUCAGGACUCCAACCAUUAUUAUCAAAGAGCCACGGGAAUACAAAGGAAGGAUUACUAGGGGGGACGUUCCAGGAGGGCAUCACAAAGAGACCUCUGAGCUGGAUCCGGAAGGACAGAUGAAUUUAAGCUGAAAGUGGGGACCGUCGUUCCCGCUGGCGGGAACCGAAGGAGCCGAGGCAGCGUUGGGGCGGAGACCAGGUGGCACCCGCGGCGCUGCAAGGACACGCAAGCUGUUGCGAGGGGGUCAACCUCUCCGGGUCUUGGCUUAGGAACCUGGGACGAUUACACCCUAAAAGCGCUUGGAAAAACUGCAGAACUCGUGCUGCUUUUCGCCAAAGCUACUACCCCGUCGUGAGGGCAGGAAGCCCUGCGAGGCCCCUGCGAGGACGCAAACGCCGCGAAGCAAGUCCUCCACACCUCCAUCCCUGGUUUGGUAAAAUGUAGACUCUGACCCACAGCCGAAAGGAAAGAAAGACCGGGGUCGGGCAAGGCCCCUCCGGGGGCGGGCUCAGCCGGAGUCUGGCCGAGCUGCGCGCGGCUACAGUGGUUCCGCGGCCUCGCGAUGAGCGCCUCCCGCCGUCUCCCACCGCGGUCCCCACCGCCCCUCCACAAGGCUCGGCACCUCCCGCCACCUCCUCGGUCGCUGCGGCAGCUCCCGCUCCUCACAGCCGCUAAACCCAGGCCUAUCCCGCGGUCGGGCCUCCUCGGCCCUCUUCGCCGUGACGAAUCGGCGCCCGGCUGGGAAAGUAUCCAAAUUCGGGGAGUUUUGAGGAUCCAGUGGGGCCUGAAAAAAAUCCCUGAGUGUGCUAAGCAUCACCGCAUCCUCACUAGAAGGUUCAUUUUUUCUAAAGAGGGUCGGGUGGGGCCCGGAAAAAAAAAAUUAAGAAGAGUGUGGAAAGUGCGAGUGCGGAAGCUCCGGACGCGAGGGGCGGGGCUUGCGCGGGACAAAGGGAAGCGAAGCCGGAGCUGCGGGCGUAUUUUCUGCCCGCGGUGUCUCAGAUUCAUUCUUAAGGAACUGAGAACUUAAUCUUCCAAAAUGUCAAAAAGACCAUCUUAUGCCCCACCUCCCACCCCAGCUCCUGCAACACAAAUGCCCAGCACACCAGGGUUUGUGGGAUACAAUCCAUACAGUCAUCUCGCCUACAACAACUACAGGCUGGGAGGGAACCCGGGCACCAACAGCCGGGUCACGGCAUCCUCUGGUAUUACGAUUCCAAAACCCCCAAAGCCACCAGAUAAGCCGCUGAUGCCCUACAUGAGGUACAGCAGAAAGGUCUGGGACCAAGUAAAGGCUUCCAACCCUGACCUAAAGUUGUGGGAGAUUGGCAAGAUUAUUGGUGGCAUGUGGCGAGAUCUCACUGAUGAAGAAAAACAAGAAUAUUUAAACGAAUACGAAGCAGAAAAGAUAGAGUACAAUGAAUCUAUGAAGGCCUAUCAUAAUUCCCCUGCGUACCUUGCUUACAUAAAUGCAAAAAGUCGUGCAGAAGCUGCUUUAGAGGAAGAAAGUCGACAGAGACAGUCUCGCAUGGAGAAAGGAGAACCAUACAUGAGCAUUCAGCCUGCUGAAGAUCCAGAUGAUUAUGAUGAUGGCUUUUCAAUGAAGCAUACAGCCACCGCCCGUUUCCAGAGAAACCACCGCCUCAUCAGUGAAAUUCUUAGUGAGAGUGUGGUGCCAGACGUUCGGUCAGUUGUCACAACAGCUAGAAUGCAGGUCCUCAAACGGCAGGUCCAGUCCUUAAUGGUUCAUCAGCGAAAACUAGAAGCUGAACUUCUUCAAAUAGAAGAACGACACCAGGAGAAGAAGAGGAAAUUCCUGGAAAGCACAGAUUCAUUUAACAAUGAACUUAAAAGGUUGUGCGGUCUGAAAGUAGAAGUGGAUAUGGAGAAAAUUGCAGCUGAGAUUGCACAGGCAGAGGAACAGGCCCGCAAAAGGCAGGAGGAAAGGGAGAAGGAGGCCGCAGAGCAAGCUGAGCGCAGUCAGAGCAGCAUCGUUCCUGAGGAAGAACAAGCAGCCAACAAAGGCGAGGAGAAGAAAGACGAUGAGAACAUUCCAAUGGAGACAGAGGAGACACACCUUGAAGAAACGACAGAGAGCCAACAGAAUGGUGAAGAAGGCACGUCUACUCCUGAGGACAAGGAGAGUGGGCAGGAGGGGGUCGACAGUAUGGCAGAGGAAGGAACCAGUGAUAGUAACACUGGCUCGGAGAGCAACAGUGCAACAGUAGAGGAGCCACCAACAGAUCCCAUACCAGAAGAUGAGAAAAAAGAAUAAGUGUUGCCUUGUUUUAUGUGUUCUAUAUACUUUUUUAAAUGAAAAAAUGUUUUUUGGUUUUAAUGGUGUUAUGUGGUUUGUGUAUUAAUUUUUUUUCUUGUCCAUAUCACACCACCAAAGGCUUUUGGACCAUUUAGCAUCAUGAGCCUAAUGGCACAGUCAGUCACCUUUCUUAAGUGUUGUGAAGAUGGCUCUUUUCUUUGGAUCUUGUUUCUAGCCCUCAACUGCUGAAAGCCUCAGAAUUUAGAUUAAUUGAGAAAACACCCACCUCUUUUAGAGAAUUAUCCUUUGAUGCUGCAGAAUCUACUCUUACAAUGCCUUCCUACAGCUCACUGGGGUGCUUACCAAAGCCAUAGCUUUAAACCUUCCCAAUCCCCAUCAACAGCUUCCUGAAAGUCUCCUCUCUUGUUUACUUCUGCAAAGGGUAGCUUCUUAAAAACGUGAUCAUGUAUGAGUAUGUAUUUGUUCACUUACCCUUUUUUACUUUUAAUCAAUGUCAGAUACCAAGAGUUGUGUUAAGAAGUUGAGUGUAGCCUGCAACUAACUACACUUGGAUCUUACUGAUCCAGAAAUAGUCCCCAUAGUUAGAGUAGUUACUUAUGAAAUGGUCAUUAAAGUGAACACAGCACAUAUACAUCAUCUAUACUGCUUUUUGUUAUGAUUAAUAUUGGGUGUGUUCUGGUAAAUCCAUCCUUAUUGUAUAGAAAAAAAUUACUUUUUUACCAGGUUUUCCAAAGACAGAAUAGAUCACAAAGCUCAAGGAAUUUAAUAUUCUUGUAAUGGACUAGAUAAUUCAAACUGAUUAGCCCAUUCUAGAAGAAAAACAGCUGGGAAUUAAGUUAAUCCACUUGAAAUUGUUUUACAAUAAUCAGAACAUUCAAAACCUCAAGGCUCAGGAUCCCAUAGAUCACAGCCCACCUUUUUGAUAAACUCUUAGUAAAGUCUUGGAGACUAGAAGCAAGAUAGUUUGUGACACACAUGCUUCCCAAAAACUAGAAUAGAUUUUUACUGAAUAGUGGUAUAUCUGAUGGUAUAUGUUUCUUAAAGGUCCAGAUGUAAUAAAAAAAAAAAAUGAAAAAAAGGUCUCAGUGUUUUUAAUGCACUACGUACUUGUAUGCAAGACAAGCAUCCAGUUUUUUUCUGUAAUGCAGUGACAGUGUGGAAUGACCACUCAGCCAUUAUAAAUUUGUGUACUCAGGGCCCUUGUCUCACCCAGCUAUCUCUAAACUGCUGCAGUAGUUUAUUUGUACAAGACACUUGGGAAAAUCAGUUUUCUUACAUUAUAGUCUAUGUCACAUAUGGGAAGUUGGUCUUUGACUCCAAAAGUAAAGGGAAUAUGUUUCUACAUUAACAGGAAUAUGGAGAAAUCUGUAACAUUUGAAUUAUCUUUGAAAAAAUGGCUAAAUGAUAAACGUAAGUCCUGUGCUUGUAUGGAGAGAACUCUGUACCAGCAGGAGUUAAUUUAUAGUGGAUUCACUGCUAUUCAGUUCAUAGCACAUUAGUGACUAGGAAUCUAUGUUCAGCCUCCUGAGAAAGGAGGGGAGGAAGUUUGAUGUUGGGUGGAAACAACUCUUGACAUCUGUUCCCUUGUGUGUCAAAGAACGAAUUUGUAUCAAACAUCUGUUUUGAGCUUUGGCCAUUAUAUGGCUAAGAACUUCAGCCAUCUCAUCUCAGACAAAUUGGACAGCCUCUUUGAUACAUUUUCUAGUAGUCAACAUGGGGCAGAUGUAGUUUAAUAUGGGUGGAAAACAGUGCUCCAGCAAGAUACCAGGUUAUUUACUGUGGUAUCGAAAGCUCUAAGAGAAUGGAAGUGGUUCUUUUGCCCAGCUGGAAAUAGCACUGGGAAAACAAGUCUUUCCAGACCAAGCCUGCCCAUGCAACACCGGCAAUCGGUUGAUGAGGGAAUUAAGUCAGAUGGGAGACGGGAAUUUUUUUUUUUUUUUUCGAGUUGGAGUCAAUCUGUCGCCCAGGCUGGAGUGCAGUGGUGGUGAUCUUGGCUCACUGCAACCUCCACCUCCUGGGUUCAAGCAGUUCUCCCUGACAGCCUCCAGAGUAGCUGGGAUUACAGGCUCUUGCCACCAUGCCCGGCUGAUUUUUGUAUUUUUUAGUAGAGAUGGGGUUUCACCAUGUUGGCCAGGCUGAUCUUGAACUCCUGACCUCAGGUGAUCCACCCGCCUCAGCCUCCCAAAGUGCUGGGAUUACAGGCGUGAGCCACCGUGCCCAGCCUCAGUUGGGAUUUGACAGCUCUGAACCUCAGCAGGGGAAGAUGGAAGUAAAAAUCCACUUUUUCAGAGUGAUAUAUGUAGACUUGAUGUUUGAGGUGGUUUUUCAGUGUAGAGAAUGUGGGGUGUGGUAGAGGUCUUUUGUUUUUUUCCCAUGUCCCAAAAGGCGCUGGGCAAGCAGCUUGAACUCUUGAGCCUGUUUUAAUUAUAAAAUAGAUCAAACUGCUCUUUCUUGGUGCCCUUACUGCUCCUUGAUUUUUAGUGCAUUCAUUUUGAGUAUGAAUGCAUAAAGUCUGAGGGCCUAAAUUUUAUUAAUUUUUAACAAAUGGGAGAGGGGAAUCCUCGAUAGUCCCAAUUUUCCUUUUUUUUUUUUUUUUUUUUGAGACAGUCUCACUCUGUUACCCAGGCUGGAGUGCAAUGGCGCCAUCUCGGCUCACUGCAACAUCUGGCUCCUGGGUUCCAGCAAUUCUCCUACCUCAGCCUCCUGAGUAGCUGGGAUUACAGGCGCCUGCCACCAUGCCCGGCUAAUUUUUGUAUUUUUAGUACAGACAAGGUUUUGCCAUGUUGGCCAGGCUGGUCUCGAACUCUUGACCCUCUGAUCCGCCCUCCUCUGCCUCCCAAAGUGCUGGGAUUACAGGCUUGAGCCACCGCGCCCAGCCCCAUAAUCCCCUAAUUUUCUAACAGGAAUUUUAAAUUCUGUAACUUCUCCUGUCUAUAAACAAGGCUGUCUUUUUAAAUGGCUCUCCUACAGGAUGUGAUAAUUAUGUAUUCUGUAAAGCCGAGAUUUGGAGAGGUAAACAGCUAUUUCACAUUAACACAAUAACGUAAAUGCCCUAUGGAAAAGAUAAAAUACUUGGACUAUAUUUUAAAGGGGAAUAUGGGGUCAUGCACAUUGAAGUUUAACUAGAUCCCUCCAGAUUGUUGGUUUUGAUCCUACACAUUUAGAUACUAGUUUUGGAUUUUAGACAGUUGGUGCUGACAGUGUGAAACUCCUAUUGCCUGCAGUUAAAUUGAAGCUUUGGUUUCUCAUGUGAACAGGCAGUGAAGCUGGGAUUAUACUUUGUUAAGUCCUCAUUUCAGAAAUAGUUUCCCUCCACCCCCAAGCACUACCACACAUGGUCUCCCCACCUGGUUUCAGCUAGUGCAUUAGUUUUAUCUUGUUUUUUACCGCUGGGCAAACCUUGCUGGAACAACAACUGAGUUCAUGAUUUGCACAUUUGGAGGGCUUAACGUCUUUGCAAAUGAAAAAUCCACUGUACAAUAACAAGCUCAAAGGAACUCAGAGCCUUUUUAGAAGAAAUCAUGCUGAAUUAUAAUGUGGCUUACUGCAAUAAUGUUUCUUUGAUCAGGAUGGAAAGGAAAAUACCGAGUUUAGCAGAAAACGAUGUCUAAAUGUAUUUGUAAUGAUACAAUUGUUUAUAAAUGUUUUACUGUUAGGCUGAGCCAUGAGAAAUUGCCAGUGUACGAUUUCAUCUACAAAAUGACAAUUUCACCUGGCUUAACCUAAAUUCUGCAUUUUAUACUCCGAGAAUAAGUUCUUCGAGGCAGCUUUCUAGGUGUGAAAUGAUGGAACUUUCUAUUUGCCAGAAUGACCUACACUUCUCUAAUAGUUUAUCUCAUAUUGUUAGCCAAACGCUGAUUAAAAUGCAAAUCUCAAACUA